GCAUGGAGCAAGAGUGGACCAUUUCCCAUGGCCUCCAGCGCCUCGUGGAAGCCCCGCUCGCCUGCCCAGGGGAUCAGGUGAUCAGCUCUGUGCGAAAAACGGCGUCGGAAAUUAUUUACGGCUGCAGCCACGUCGCCUCCCUUGGAACAUGCAUGCCGGAAUGGUCCACGCAGAUAGAGACGAACUCGCCCGAACUCGAGGACGUCAAGGCCCUCAGGGGGCUUGCGGCCUCCUGCCCUCCGAACCACGGUCU